UCCGCUGCGGCUGUGCGCGCUCCCGCGAGGUGCUGGCAGUCCCCGGCGGGCGAACGGAACUCGACACAACACCGGUGAAGCGGAGGCUGCCGCGUUUCCUGAACUCGGAGAGAAACUUGAAAGUUGUCCUCGGAGCCCCGGGCCUCUUCGUGGAGCAUCAAUGCCGACUCUCGGGCUCACUCGUCGGGGAUUCUUCGGCCUCUGCGUCCGCCUUCAUUGCUAGGCGAUGGACCAGAUCCAGGUAAGUGACGAAGAACCUAUAGUCCUGCGAGAAGACAUCCGGAGGAGGAGGAGAAAGAAGGCCAUCACGUCAUCCUCCACUGCCUCCAUGGACCAGAUCUCAAUCGAGUUUGUCCUGCCCCCGAUGGCGUGGGGCGGAAUCAGCCCCGACAGUCUGCUGCUGGAGGUCGCUGGGAACUGGACAGUGGAACAGGUGAAAGCUCAGGUUUGGCUGAAGGCGGUGACUUCAAACCUCAGUCCUGACUUCUACCAGCGGUUUUCUCCCGACCACUGCAUCCUGCUCUACCAGAAGAAAGGCAACGUGUGUGAGAUCUACGACAAGCACCAGGUCUUCCAGACGCUCGACUGCAUUCGCUACUGGAAAGCCCUGAAGAAAAAUGUGGGGCGGAUCCAGCUGGUGCCUCGUCCCCAGCCCUCGGAUGAGGCCAUUCAGUACCAGAGCCACCUAAACUACUUGAUUGGCUACGACGUGACUGAUGUCAGCAACGUACACGACGACGAGCUGGAGUUCACCCGCAGAAAGCUGCUGACGCCGCGCCGCAUCGAGUUGUCCAACCGUGACCCGCAACUCUACGCCAUGGACCCCUGGGUGACCCGCAAACCACUGCCUGAGCAUCUGCUCAGCAAAGUAUGUGGGAUUUUUAUAUAG